CACGGCUGACAUCAGUGGCAAGUGAUAUUUGAACGGGUCCUGGGGCAGCCCCCCCCCACCUCCUCCUUCGAGUCAGACAAACCCGCACUGACCAAGUACUGUAUAGUCAAACAGCCCACGCCACCGAGAGGCGUUGGAAAACUCUCAUCGAGCAUUAUAUAGGGCUCGAGUUAUGUCUUACUGAGUCGCCAACCAAGUCAAGUUGUGGCGUUUCUAGGAUGGUGCCUGGCUACAGGUUUGCGCUGUUGCGCAAAGAUUCGCACGCCUCCGCUGCCCAUGCCGGCCGGCGCGCUCUCAGUGAACGACGAUGACACCCCCCCCCCAGACCCUUUCCUUUUCUGUUGUGAAACGUGGGUGUGGAAAGUCGCGAUGGCAAUGGUGUUGUGGGUGGGAGGGUGAGUGCAAAUAAGUGAUACAUCUCAAAGGCAACUCUUUAUCACACGAGCAAUAGAGCAAGGUUUCUUGAGAGUAAGUCUCAAUCGCCUCUGAAUGUGCACGUGACCGCAGAAGAGAACGGCGACCUCCAAGAACCGGCGAUUAUGCAACGUGACCUGCUGUUUGCUGUUGUGGUUCUGCGUGCCGAGCCCCUUUUCCGAGUGUCGCGUGCGUUGCCAUAGCGCGGUGUAUAACAGCGACACGUUCACGAGUGGAGAGCACUCGAGGCUCGAAGCUGCCAGCGACUCGCCACGCUCCCGUCUGCUCGAGGCUUGAGUUGACGAAUGGACACGGCCAGGGUCUCUCCGAUUAACCCGGAGCCACACGAAGUCCAAAAGCGCUCGUCGGUGGACGAUCAAAAUGUAGCCGCUGUGACUGAGCGCAUGGAGGUGUCGGGAGACUCGCAGAGGGAAGAUGGCUAUGGUGCCUGUGGGAUCCUGCUGCUCGUCUUUUCAGCAAUACUGCUGGUCGUCACCUUCCCCAUCUCUGUUUGGCUCUGCAUCAAGGUCGUGCAGGAAUACGAGCGUGCGGUGAUUUUCCGACUCGGGCGAAUCGCGAAGGGGGGAGCCAAGGGCCCAGGUAUUUUUAUGGUCAUACCAUGCACGGACAACUUCAUACGCGUGGACUUGAGGACCAUCUCCUUCCAGAUUCCGCCUCAAGAGAUCCUGACUCGCGACUCGGUGACAAUCCAGGUGGAUGCCGUGGUUUACUACCGCAAGGUCAACCCCACCAUGUCGGUGGCCAACAUUGAGAACGCGAAUGACUCCACGCGGUUGCUGGCCAUGACCACCCUGCGCAACGUCCUGGGCACCAAGAACCUGUCGGAGAUCCUCACCGACCGCGAGGAGAUGGCUGACCGCAUGGAGGCCAUCCUGUUGGAUGCCACCAAGUCUUGGGGGAUCCGCGUGGAGCGCGUGGAGAUGAAAGACGUGAAGCUGCCCCUUGACCUGCAGAGGACCAUGGCUGCUGAGGCGGAAGCUACGAGAGAAGCUCGUGCCAAGGUGAUUGCGGCCGAGGGCGAGGUGAACGCUUCGCGAGCGCUCAAGGAGGCUGCCAUGGUGCUUGGAGAGGCGCCGGCUGCCCUGCAGCUUCGCUACCUCCAGACGCUGUCGGUCAUCGCGUCCGAGAAGAAUUCCACCAUCAUCUUUCCGCUGCCCAUGGACCUCAUCAGCACCAUGAUGCAGAAGAAAUAGAAACUGCUUGCGCGGUUUCUUUGUCGCGUUCGUAAGCGCACCAUUUAUGGGUGCCGUUAAUCCAUCUUUAUUUUACCCAGUUGUGUACCGGUGUUGUGUUUGUGUGAGUUCGAUUCCCACUCACGGCCACCAAGACUGGUGAUGAUUUUCUGAACCGGUCCUGGUCCUCCCUUACAUCGGCUCAGCCUCAUAUGAGCACUGUACCUGGUGCGGUGUGUAAACAUCACCACUGGGGAGACAAAGGCGGCCGGGCGUGGUGUUGGUCAUCUAAACCAUCGUAUGUCGUGCCGGCCUUCAUAGUUGGUCGCUAACAGCACUUGCCUUAGCAGUCUGUUAGAGGCUAUGUGGGGGAUCUUUGUCUUUUUAUUGUGUGUGAGUGUGUUGACCACGGGGAGCGGCAGUGCCAGAGAUACAACCGCCGGACUACGAAUACAGAAACUUGAGUUUGGUUCCUGGCCAUGGAUAACAUCAGUGGAAAUAAAUAAUUGAGCCCAUUCUUACUGCUAGGCCGACUGAGGGGUAUAUGAGUACCUGGUGCGGUGAGUUCACUUCAGUCUCAGAGGCUGGGCAAUGUGCUGGUCACUGCAUUGCCCACACGUGCUGGCCUGUUUUGGUUAACAUGUUGGCACCUUUCUGCCACAAAUCUGCCACCCAAAUCGCUAUGAAAUGGAAAGAAAACAAUUACAUGCAGUAAGCAAUAGCUAAGACUAAGUUGUGGCUGCGAAUUAGUUAAUAUGGUGUUCACUAACAACGCUUGCUCCAACACUCUGUUUGGCUAUACAGGUGCCGCGGUGGCGAGAUGUUGACUACCUCGCCUGGUAUACAAUAGGUCGUCGGUUAGAUCCCGACCCCGACACCUGCAUAUUUGGAAUUUUCAUGUCUCUCGCCAUGGUCGUGUGGAUUUUUCUCCGGGCCUUCCAAUUUUUCCCCUCCACAUUUAGAAACAAGCGUUUAGAUUAUUUGGCUGCGGUAAAUGUUCCACAUGAUGAAAAGCCACUUUGUCGGGCUAUCAUUUGUGGCUAGGUCGUUUUUGAAAAAGAGCUUUAUAGCUCAGUGGGCCUAAGCUGGUAUUUUUUUUUAAAUAGGUUAUCAUUGUCCUCGAGUGUGAAUUGACAAGGGCACUCAGAAACUCCCACUGCUGUCAAACACAAUGUACAACAUCGCAUGUUGUGUAAUCUGCAGUUGUGUGGGCAAUGACGCACUCUAUCACGGUCUCCCAGUAUCAGGUGAAACAUUCAAGUGGCUGAAUUACAUUAUCAAAAUACACGCACAGCUCAGCUACAUUGGUUGUGACUCAGGGGGUGAGAUUACUGAGAGGGAAGCAUUGAAAUCCUACGCACAGAGAGGUGAUCUAAAAUGUAACGGGUUGAUUGUUUACAGUCAUUAAAAAACGGCACACACGAAUAAUCACGUGAAUAUGCAUUUUUCACUUUUGUCAAGUUGCAGCUCUGAUAAUUAUUAUUCUUGGUUCUUUCGGUUAGGUCACGUAGAAGGGAAGUAAAACAAAUAUUUGCAUUAUUAAAAAUGAUUUUAUUACUUUUUAUUAUUUUAUUAUUUCCCUUCUACGUGACUUUACCGAAAGAACCAAGCAUAUGAAUCCCCGCAGUCACGAAAGCUUUAAAUCAAAAGUUAAUAUUAUUGUUACGCGGUUGCUAUGUCUCUCCGUGACAGGGUGGGUAAGUCUGCCUGUACUGCGUGGAUUUAAACAGAAAGGUCACUUGUUUGGAUCUUAGGAGUAGUUCUACAAUAUACGCUUCCACAGGCUGCUCUCUGCGCCACUUGCCGUGACAGUUCUGGAUGUAAACUCUGCCGCAUGGCGUUGCCUCGAGGGUACGAUGGGAAUACUUUUGGAAAAAUACAACUUUGAAUAAAUAAAAAACCUCCCAAAAACAGAUUGGGUCACCUCACCAAACUCCCACUGGUAACACCUACUGUAGAUAAAAUAUGUAUCUUAUCUCAUCGUGGUGAAGCAGACAAGACGUAACUCAUAAAUGACAGCAGCUUGUGAUGAAAUAUGCCCUCGUCUGAGUUGGAGAUAACACUGGUCAACACACUUUUUCUGGCAUAAGGUAUUCCAACGGUUUUAAGGUAAUUUUGCUGUGCUGAUUCCAAAUCUGGCAUCAGUUUUUGAGAUAUCAAAUAUUGCAUUUUCAAUAAAAAUUGCAGAAGAAAAAUAUUAAAUAAAUGUGGAUAUCUACAAAAAAUUAUAUUAUAAACACACUAUCCUAAAAUACAGCACCAUAUUUUAACACUAAAGCAGUCACUGACUCGCAACAACUUGCAAUCAUAAGUGACAGUUAAUUUCGGGUAAAAUAAAUGAAAAUGGGGUAUGCCGAUAGCAUAAAAUGAGAUGUGAUAGAGCAAAUCUGAGAUCAGAUUUGGAAUCAGCACCCUGAAAUUUGUCUAAAACAGCUGCAAAAGUUCAGGCCAGAAAAAAAUGUUAAUUUUUGUUGACCAGUGUAAUUAAUCCCUGGUCUUUCAAGAUUAUAAAAAGCUAGGGGCCCGCCAUAUUCAUUUUGGGUUGCCAAAGGCUCCUCUUUGUAUGCCCUAUUAGGCCUCUUGAUAGGGUCAUGAUCAGGGCAGCCAUCCCAGGUUCUCAGAGCUGUGAGAGGAGGCUCAGUGUAUAUGCGCGGAGCACUUUAUAGUUUGAUUUUUUACAAAUGCGUCACGAAAGCGAGGAUAUAAUCUGUUGCACAUAUGCAAGUCGCAAGAUAGAUAGGAAAUUACGACAAAUGACAGUAUUUUUUCUGUUUACCAGAUGAUUACUGUAAAGGGGCACCCUGUUUGUCAAAGAUGCCAUUUACGUGAAGGCCAGGCCUGCGUGUAGUUAUGCACGAGCGCUUGUAAGUUUAUACAACAACAACAGUAACAAUCUUCUUGGUUCUUUCGGUAAAGUCACGUAGAACGAAUUUGCAUAUCAAGAGGAAUUUAGCAUAUUUAUUCCUCUUGAUAUGCAAAUUCUUUUGUCAAGGCGCUCUUCUUCCCACCUCCAACCCCUUAAAUAUGCGCUCCAAGCUUGGUGGUGUUUCAUUCUUCACCUGAGGACGGCUGCUUGCGUUGUGGCCGAAACGUCGUGAGAAUUAUUUUAUUAUGUUUUAUUUUUAUUAUUUUAUUACUUCCCUUCCACGUGACUUUACCGAAAGAACCAAGAAGAUGAAUCCCUGCAGUCACGAAAGCUUUGAAUCGAAAUUUGAACAGUAAUAAUUUAUAGUUGAUUGUCAAUCGACUGCUCGCUGAAGGCAUUCCCAUUUGGCCUUGGGAGCAAUUUGACCAUGCUUCGCUGUGGUGAGUGCAGGUUGGUCAAAAAUGCUGGGGCAUAGGGCCAGUUUAGACAUCACCUGCCUCUUAUUCUUAGGUUUUUUCGGCAAAGUCACGUAGGUAAAAAAUUAAAAUUAAAAUGAAUAAAAGUAAAAUAAAAAUAAAAUUAAUAAAAAGUGGGCCGUUCCUGGCCCCCCCCCCUCAACCAAUAUAUAUACGGGGUAGUAUCUCUUGGAAUCUCUCAUUUACUUGAUACAGCAAGCGUGCUGUGACGGUUCCACCUGAAGACGGAAGCUUGUGUCGCCUCCGAAACGUCGUGAUUUUUAUUUUAGUUUUAUUUUACUUUUAUUAAUUUUACUUUUACAUUUUUACCUACGUGACUUUACCGAAAAAAACCUAAGAAUAUGAAUACUUGCAGUCACGAAAGCUUCAAAUCUAGAAUCACCUGCCUCUGAUUGCCAGCAAUUCAACAACGGGAAUGUGAACUUAGGUUUCUGGGUUCAUAGUGCAGUGCGCUAACCACUGCACCACCACCCACUCCGCCCUCUUGUAAACCUAUAUAUUUCUGAUCGCCCCUUACUGGGGAAUCACGUCACCAUCCAGGUAGUCUGACUUAUUUUUUUUACACAAGUACACUCAUCACUCAGAAAGCGUAAGCUGAAUCAGCCUUUUUCAUAACUGCCCCCUUAUAUAGAUCCCUGCUAGUGAGACCCCUGCAGCAAGUUGUAGCUUUCCUGCAUAACUAACGCCUCUUUUCCUUCUCUCCUUUAAGCUAUGCGCAUGAACGUGGGAACAUGACCUAGGGCGUAAAUAGAAAAUGCAUGAUAACACAAAGCUUUUAAGCUUGUGCUGAUGUUUGCAAUGUGCAAUGGAUAAAAAAAAUGUAAUCCAUGCCUUUGUCCUCCCGUGACCUUACUGAGAAAGGCCACGCUUGGUGUGAGGUCACACGGAGAGCAACUUGCAAUGUUUCGGUGGCUACACGCGCUAUUGUGUCGAACUUCUGAUUGCGCCUGCGACCUUCAGUUUAUCGGCUGUCUGGUGCCCAUAGCUGCAAAACUUCAGAAGGUAAAUGGAUGUAAAACGACAGGUCACUAUUUUCGAUUGGGGAAGAGAGGAUAUUGUGGUAAAUGAUGGUUUUACGUUUUUAUCACUAUACUGUAAAAUAUUCGUACACCCAGUUAAUUAAAACCUUUAUAUUAAGUUCACUUGCUUGCGCGCUUAUGACUGUGCAAAUCUUUCGGUCGUUUUUUAACCCACUUCCCGUGAUCCAAUCGAGCUGACAUUUUGCACACAGACUCGUUGUGCGUGACAAUUUAUUUUCGUGAAAUUUUUUUUCCAUAACUUUACACUUUUUAGGAAAAUUUUUAAAAAUAUUUAAUUACCAAUUGCUUAAUGGUGGCAGGCAAUCAUCUGACCCAUAGGUGGCAGCCAUCUCAAGCCAGAGGACGAGAGGACUCUAGCCGCCACGCAUAUAAAGGAUUUAUAGUGAAAAACUUUGUUUUUACGGGUUAAUUUUAUUUUUGGAAUUGGCUCUAAGAUUUAAGUAAUGGGCCUUAAAACCAAUGACGGUGCUGGUGGAAUAAUCGUGCCACCCGUAAAAUUUAGAAACUUCUUGGGAGAUGUAGAAAGAUUCUAGAUUUGAAGCUUUCGUGACUGCAAUGAUUCAUAUUCUUAGGUAUUUUCGGUAAAGUCACGUAGGUAAAAAAUAAAAAUAAAAUAAAAAUCACGACGUUUCGGAGGCAACACAAGCUUCCGUCUUCAGGUGGAACCGUCACAGCACGCUUGCUGUAUCAAGUAAAUGAAAAAUUCCAAGAGAUCCGACCUUGUAUAUAUAUACUGGUUGAGGGGGGUGGAGCCAGGGUAGGCCCCUGGAUAGGAGUUUUUUUAUUAUUAUGAUAAGGUUGGUGCGGAUGAAGCUACGGCUAGUCUACAUAACAAAGGACUGAGCCUUUGUUAUGUAGACUGGCUGAGAGGGGGAGGUGCCAGAGUUGUUAAUGUGCGGCUGCUGCUACUUUUCCAUGCAUGUCUGUUGACUUUACCGAAAAAACCUAAGAAUAUGUAGAAAGAUAUAACGAUGUCGUGAGAUGAGCGAUGCGCAGAUGAAAGGCGGAGCUGUAGAGCGAUGAGAGAAAGGAUAUACCCAUGAGACGGAUUUAGUUGAAGGAGAGACAUGCAGACAAGAGACAAAGAUCGACUUAGAUCAGAGAAUAGAGAUACAGACAUGAUAGGAAUGACAGAGAUUAAUUAAGCGUUUAAUAUUUAUUCACUUUUCAUGUUAAUCAGCCGUUUUAUAGUUCGUUAAGAUUUUCAAUUCGAGCUCAUAUUUUGGUUCGGCCCUAUUUUUUUCAUAAACCCAGAGUCCCUUGAAUUCCUUGGAGCCCUGAGCAUUUGCCCGAGCUUGCUUAUGCUUUGCGUCACAAUCGCGUAAUGCCAUCAUGCACACAAGAUUUGCUGGAGCACAGAGAUAGGAGACUCAAGCAUCGUGGUGGAUGUCUUCAGGGUUGGCUCUCGCUCUUUCUGUUACUUUUAUUAUUGAUAUAUAUUUUAAAUUAUUAUUAAGGUUGCUUUUAUCACUAUAUUAUUAUGAUAUGAAAUGACUCUACGGAAGGUGGCCUGUUAGUGCUCCUUAGAAUGUUACUCUAAUCUUCCAUGCAUGUCUGUUGAACUUCUUUCGCGCCGUACGUAGCCCACCGUGCUAAUCGGAUGUGCGAGGGGAAGGACAACAAACUAAACGCAAAAAGCAGUUCAAAAGAAGUGAGUUUUCAGUCUAGUUGAGUUUAAAGUGUAUAGUUCCAGUGGCUUUAUAAUAUCCGGAAGAAAGAGCGUUCCAGACGGCCGCAGAAGCGCAUCUGAGAGCGUGCGAUGCGCUGACCGUCUUUGUUCGAUGGCCAGCCAAAAGCAGUUACACGUUUACAAGCACAUGAAGGGAUGGAGGCGAAGUGAAUACAGACUGCAGGCAAGUGAGCACAGUAAGCAAUGG